ACGUUUUCACUGUGGAUGCACUCGUCUGCCCCGUUGUGUCCUCACAACAAAGGCUGUAAAGAUCAAAUACUUAGAACUUCAAGGACGCCUCUACAACUUUGCAGUCUGCCCUCGACGAAGAGGCGAAAGUCUGCUAAAUCAGAUCCAAGCGGUUUGUUUUCCUCUGCCGGGACGAUGCAAAUGAAGCCCCCCAGCCCGUCGAGCGCCGAUUGGCUGUUUUUUUUUUUUUUUUUUGAGAGAGAGCGGGCUUCUCCGAUUGGCUUCUCGAACUUCGGCGGGCUCCCAUUGGCUGCCCGUGGCGCCGAGCCGCAAAGACCCAAAACAGGACGCGAGCUCGCUUUCGCCCCACAUCAGCGGCACAUCUGCAUUGCGCGCUCCACGUCGGCGGCGACGCAUGGCAGUAUUUGUUCCUUUCGGACUGCAGCCGAAGGUGGUGGCCCUCUUUUAAAACGAAGCGCUGUUUGCCGUUUGGUGUGUUCUCCUACGGGAAGCGGAGGAAACGACAUGCUGUGCCUGCGGGAGUCAGGCGAGUGUUUGCGGGAGCACGUGCACUACAUGAUGAGGUCCCUCCAGGACCUGAAGCACCUGAGGAGGACGUGUCCCGCGGCCUGCAGACACGCUCGCCCUCCCUCCGCCCCCGCCGUCGGCAGCCUGUCGGCGGCGCCGCUCGCCUGCCGGGGCAGAGAUCAGCGCGCCCGCCUCAGGAUAUCCAGCGCCAGCACGGCCAGCACCUACGACUCGGCCUGCUGCUUGGCCGCCCCUCUGGAGGAAGAGGAGGAGGACGACGAGGACGAUGGUCGCGGCAGUCGUCUGGGCCUCAACUCGCCCAGCAGCCACAAGAGUUUGGACUUGGACUCCGGGUACUCGGAGUCUUCGUGGCAGGACGAGGGAGUGGUCCUCAGGAGGACGAGGAAUGUGCGCGUGUCGUCCUCGGCCUGCCUCCGCACCAACAGGGCGUCCAACGGCCGCGUUCGGCCUAAAUCGACGUCCGACGCUUGCCUGGAGAGGUGGACGUCCUUCGAGGCCGGCGACCCGGAGGACUGGGCCAACGCUUUGCUGACCAGAGGACGCAGCCGGCAACCCCUGGUUCUGGGAGACAACAGCUUUGCGGACCUCGUAAAGAACUGGAUGGACCUACCCGAUUGUCCUGAGCCCCCUGAGGCCAAACCCAAGCGCAGGCUGGGAAGAAGUCUCCUGGGCAACGUGCGGCGGAAGUUAGCCGGCUUGUCAAGGAGCGUAGAGGAGAGAGUGCGGAUGAGGUCGGCGGACUCUCACCUCAGCAGAGCCGCCAACGCCCCCAAGCGUCUCUCGUGUCCCGUGGUCUCGUCGGAACCGAGGGUCCCCUUUUUCCACCAGUCCCACUCGGCCAUUCACGAGCUGGACACGGACUUUUACCACUUCGCCGCCCUCAUGAAGUCGGGGAGCAGGCAGCCCAUCAUCUGCAAGGACAUCAUUGGCUAUAUCUGACCCACGGAGUCACUUUAUUUGCAUUUGUUGUCAUGUUUCUCACAUUUGUUAUAACUGACUUGAAAGAAUGAACCUUUAUUUAAAUGCUUCGCAGUCAUAAACAUUGAACGCUCCUACGUGAUUGCUCGGAAGUCCAUGUGCGCACGGCUCGUUGAAGGAACCGACUGUACUGUUACACUGAAAAUAAAAUCGUAAGGAUGAUCA